CUCGCCAUUUGUGAAAGGAGAAAUUUGUUUAUCAAACAGGUUGAAUUUGCAAAAUGGAUAUAGAUCUUAAACGGAUGAGAUCCAAAUAGCUAGAUGACUUCGGCAUUGUUCUUCAGGAAGACAGCCAGUCAUGGCGAUAUUAAGAAAUCAGCGCAGAAAGUCGCAGACCCGAAGAAAGAUACCGUUACACGAUUGAAACACCUUCGAUCUGUUUUGGAAAACUAUGACUGUGUGGAAGGAAAGAAAUUUUUCCAGGAAAACUACUCCCACAUUUACUACAUCUUUUACGACAACUUUGGAGUUGUGGAGAAUGAUCUGAAACAGAGAGCAAGCAAGGCCCAUAGAGAAGAACUUGAGGCAAUCUUGCAUAUAUUUGAAAAAAUUCUCUUUUUCUUGCCGGAGUUGAUUCACAAACGAUGGAUGUUCCACAGUAUAGGUCGUGUCAUGAAGAAGCUGCUCCAUCCUGCAAAUUCUAUAAAGCUGAGAAGGGAGGGAAUGCGUCUCUUCAUCGUAUGGUACCAAAUCCUGCAGGGCAAUGCUUCCGACGAAUGCCAUCGCAUCUUCCUGCAGCUGGUGCCAGACAUCGGAGACGGUGUUCACCAGGACAUCCUCAACAACAAGGUGCCCCAACCCCCAGACAUUAAUCACCAGUCUGGGUCCCUGAGGCCGCUGUCCUGCAGUGGAGUGAUAGCAUCAGGGGAGGUAACUGCAAUAUUGCCUGGAACAGGUGAGAAGAUGCCGGAGAAUCUGACAAAGUAUUUCCUUGAUGCCCUGCUUACAGUCAUGGUGUCCGAGGUGAUCAAAAUAGAGUGGAUGAAUAAGGACAUGCGUGAGACCAGCUUCGUGUUCCUCUUUAAUAAAUUCAAGGACAGCUAUCUACAUUGGUUAUUGCCGGAGUUUGAGAUGAGGGACAUCUACGAACCAGUAUUAGACCUACCUCGAGUGCGAUCAGUCGCCGAGAUGAUGGCGAAGGAUGAGCCUGUCAAUGUCACAGAGUGUCGGGACUCGUUUAUAAAGUGGUUGGCAAACUUUACCCUCUCCACCAAGAAACCAGACAACAAUCUCGUCAAGGGGUUAUCAUGUUCAGCUCUGGCUGAUGGUGGGACAGAUGAUGUGCCGGAUUCAUCAGAGGUCAAGGCCACCAACAUGGAACCUAUCCCCGGGAGCAAUGCAAGCACAUUGUCAGGUUCCAACUUCACUGAGAAGGACUCGGCAAACUCUAGUCAGUGCAGUGAUGACCAUAGUCUUUCAGAAUACGAGAUAGUACGCACGGUUCUCUACUCUACCCGGGAAAAUGUCAAUAUUGUACAUGAAUGCUUCAGACAGGCACUGCUGUUCUCAUUCCGCCACGCUGCGGCUAUGAGGAAGGUGAUCACAGUGUACAAGGAAUGGUUCCAGCAUGUGGAGCAGCGUCCCAUCUUCAUGCAGGAGCCAUGCUCGGAGGCGGGGCCGGCCCUCGACUCUCAGAGAAACACGCCCGAGUUUCACCAUAGUAGUCUAUCAGACAUCGUCGAGGAGGAUAUCUCCUCAGAUGAUUCUCUAAGUGCAAGUGCAUCGUCCAACCUUCGACAGUCAUUCCUGACUGAUGGUCUGGAGAAGCCGAAGUACAUCCGCAAUGCAUCCUACCUGGGGGCGGUGCAGGACCUAGCCGACCAGGGGGAACAACAGCAGCUGGAGGUGCGCGCCGGGAUGCAGAAGGUGCUGCAGGUCUUCAUCACCAACGCUGCCAACAUCUUCCUCCUGGACACUGACGACGACAGCUCACUGCAGGAACAGGUUGAGCUGUGUAAGCGUGUGCUCAACAUCUACAGACAUGUCGUCAUGAACGUACAGCUGCACCAAAAAACCUGGGAGCAGAUACUGGUGGUGCUGCUGCGAGUCACUUCAGGCGUCCUCCAGUCCAAGCCCCCAACUGAGAGGUACAGGACUAUUGGCGGGAGACUGGCUCAGCCCAUCUUCCAGACGCUGAUCGUAACUUGGAUCAAAGCAAACCUCAAUGUUCUCAUCAGCCCUGAACUAUGGGAUGUGUUUUUGGGAGUGCUGUCUUCACUGACAUCAUGGAUGGAGCUUGUUAAGGAGUGGGCGAAAACAAUGGGGACACUCACACGAGUGUUAGCCCGGCAGGUGUACGGCCUUGACCUCCUUGACCUGCCGCUGGUUCGACUCAGCGAACAGAAAGAAAAGAGGAGGCGAGGACGAUCUCAAGAUGGUGCCAAGGCCAAGGCUGCAGCUGACAAGAGUUUCUCCAAGGGCUGGAGUCGAGGUGAUGGACAGGUGAACCUCCGAGGAUCUACCAACAGUGCCAACUCAGACUCCAACUUUGACAGGGCCAAGAACAAGAGCGAUGGAGCUGGAGGGACUCGAUCUCGGCCAGACUUCCACAAGCAGCGAUCUCUUAGCGGGGAGCCAUCUCCAGACCACUCCAGGUCGGGUUCCACAGCAUCGGACAAUCUGAUUGUGCGCAGCAGCAGCGAGGGCAACAUCGCUGACCCCAAGGAGCUGAUCGAGAAGUUACGAGCAAUCGCUCAAACAGGCACCCAAGGAGCCAGCUUUACUAGUGAGUCUAGCAGGAAGUCCAGCAUAACAGCAUGUGCGGCCCCAGGUAAUGGUGGGGGCGCAGACCCUAUAGGAGCUUCGGCUGCCAUAGAGGACCACGAGGUGGCAGACAUCACAGCCACGUGUACAGCGGAACUAGCCAGUGUGGCCAGCGGCUUCAGCAACUUCAGUCAGGAGAACGGACACUCUGAUCUCAGCGCCGAUAGCAUCAGUCUGGAGAAGUCGGACUCAGAGACAGUAGUGCGGCCAUCAAGAACACCCUCACCUGUGUCAGUGCGGUCCAAGUCUGGCUCUCGAACGCCAUCACCUUCCGUGGAGUUGAUCUCAGACAGCCAGCAUAAAGACAGCCCCACACCUGACCGUGAUAGUCUCCACAUCGACAUGGUGGCAGGACCUGAAGACACCUCCCUCAGUCGAGAUUCCCUGAAUGAGUUUAAGAGUGUGAUGGCAGGUGGCGCUAUGUCUGGCUGGAUGCCAGAUGUCGCAGUGGUGUUGUGGCGGAGGAUGCUGGGAUGCCUUGGGGAUGUCAACCAGAUACAGGACCCUGUUAUACACGAAUACGUCUUCGACUAUCUAUGUGAUCUGGCCGAGACGCUCAUAAGGAUGCGUGAAAACCUGGGUGUGACUCAGGACAAUACCUCCUCCCCACCCCCGCCAGAGUUGAUACCACCCCACCACAUCUUCGCUACAUGGUUGUUUGAGUGCCUUACUCUGAACAACAAGUACAAGAAGGGCAAGUUGCUGGCCUAUCAGCUGAUCUGUCAGAUGUUGGUCCGCCAUCACGAUGUGACGCCAUCCCAGGAGAUCUUGUCCCACUUCUACUAUGUGCUGCACCACGGGCUGGUGGCUGUUGACCAGGAUGUAAUAAAUGUGUUGGUACGAAAUAGCGGACCCAAGUAUUUUUCUCUUCCACUUCCCGGGAACCUACUGCUCAUGAUGGAUUUUGUACAUGCAGCAGGGACCAUCAUUUCAGCUGUUGAUGUUAAAGCGCCCCCACGUUCUGAGGCUGUGUCUGUGCUUGGUGCUCUGUUGUGCUUUCCUAAUCAUUUCCUGGAGUUGCCAGUUUUAAAGCCAAACUCUGUAGAUAUUUCUGUUUUAAAGUGUAAUGAAAUGAAGGAUACGGUUGUUAAUUUAUUGUUGAAGGCAGGAAAGAGAGAGCCAGCUGGUCUGGCCAGAUGUAUCGCUGUCAGUAGUGUUGGAAUAUACCUGUAUGAGGAGCUCACCCACGGCACCCAGCACUCCAAGGUGAAGGAAGGAGUCCAGGUCCUGCUCACUGCGUUAAAGGAGUGUGACAAACCACACGUGUCAAAAGGCUACCAUCAAAAGAGUGAUGUGAAUAGCAAGUGUGGGUACAGGAAGGUGGCCAAAGUGGGCUCGGACAUGCUGCUGUUGCUCUGUGAUCACUGCGAGGUGUUGCUGACACACUACCCCUCACUACCAAGAACCAUCGUGGAGUUUAUUGCCCAGACCAUCUCGUCCUUGCUACAAGCUCAAGAAACAUCUAGUGUAGAGGAGGAGAAGCGACUGAUUGUGGCCAUGAUGUUCUGCAUGGUGGAGUGGUGCCUGAAGAUCCCCAUGCAGCUGCUGAUGGAGACCACGGAUUCCGAGAGAAGCUGUAUAUACAAGGUGUUCAGGGUCCUCCACAGUGCGGUGACUGGCCACAGUGCGGCCUCCCUGUCCCGGACCAGUAAGUCCCUGGCCGACUUCAUCCAGGACCUUGACAUGGACAACAUUACGGACAACCAGAGCACCAGCAGUGGCGGCUCGCCCAAGAUGACAUACGAUGGCCCCACAGAACCAGUCACAGACCAGCCAAAGACCACAGACCCUCCAAGGAAACCUGAGACUGACAUUGUCAAAUUGGCAGCAAGAACGAUGAUGACCCACCUCGUGAACCACCUGAACCACUUCCCCAUGGGUUCGGGCGCCGCCCGCCUCAACUCCAACGUCCAGGAACACCAUGACAUACCCAACUACCUGGAUGAGGAGUUGAAGCCAGACAUCUUCUCUGCUCCCAAUGUACAGUUCUUUGUUGUGAACCACAGAGCUUUGAUCUCAUUUGUUGAACUCCCAGCAGUGGAUGCCCCAGGGGGCGGAGUGACAGCUGGUCUGUCCACGGCACGCACGGUGUGUCGGGUGGUGAUCCGGGACCUGAGUGGCAAGUACUGCUGGGAGAGCUCAGUUCUGUACAGCCCUCCCUGGUGCAAGAAGGGCUCAUCUCUACACAAUGCUCAGACGCUGCUGACGAUGACCACGGAUAUGGAACUGGAACCACUCAUCAUCCAGGAGGACUCUGACAUCCAUGUGCCCGAGGUCAGACCGAGACGUCCUCCCACUGACCUCCCUCAUGCAGAAGACAAUGGAAAGACAGAGGACUGUCUGGAUGAUCUUCUGCGGUAUAUUGGUCAUACUAGUCCUGAGUGUUUGCUCCGACUGGGCAACCCUCUGAACAUCUCGGCACCCAUCCCAGAAGAACUUGGUGAGCAGGCCGAGACAAUGAUGACAGACAUGGUGCUACAGCAGAAGAUUGCCGAGUUGGAGUACUACCACAAACACAAGUUGGACAUGAGGCGGCUGGAGACAGGACACAUGUUGGCCAAGCCACAGCUGCCAGCUGACAUCCAGGACCCCGUCUCCCCCUUCCAGAUGUGUCGCCUCGUCCUCAACCAGAUGGGGCUACUGUCCUGGGAGAAGAGAUGUCACUUUGACCUGAUGAAGAAAAGUGACAAGUUACUCCGGGAACUCAAGAACCUGGAUAAUCAGAUGUGUCGUGAGACACACAAGAUAGCUGUGAUCUAUGUGGCGGAGGGCCAGGAAGAUAAGAUAUCCAUCCUCUCAAACUCAGGUGCCAGCAAGGCAUUCGAGGAGUUUGUAGCCGGCCUUGGAUGGGAGGUGGACCUGGAGACGCACCAGGGUUUCAGGGGUGGCUUGCAGGCCAACAAGACCACAGGGGACACAGCACCCUACUAUGCAAACUCCACGUGUGAGGUGGUGUUCCAUGUGUCCACUCGGAUACCCUCCGGCAACGACGAGUCCAGACAUAUCAAGAUGCGUCACUUAGGGAAUGAUGAGGUUCACAUAAUCUGGUCGGAGCAUGUACGGGAGUACCGACGUGGCAUUAUUCCCACGGAGUUUGGGGAUGUUAUUAUUGUGAUAUACCCCCUUCCUAAUGGUCUGUACAGGAUACAGAUCAACAGGAAACAAGAGUUGCAGGUUGGCUACUUUGGACCUCUGUUUGAUGGUGCAAUAGUGGACCACAUGGUCCUCCCAGGUCUAGUCCGAGCCACAGCAAUCAACGCCAGUCGGGUCAAACGCUCACAACUGCCUUUCUUUCACUCAUUUUAUGAGGAACGUGCCAAGUGCCUUGAGACAAUCAUACAACAGCAUACGGAACACAGCACAUUCGAGGACUUCGCUGCCCAUGUCUUUGCUCCAGUGCUGCCAAAUAAUGGAACAAUUUUGGAUACCCAAAUUCCAUCAGAGACCAGCAACACGAGCCUGAGUGAACUGACGAGUCCCGAGCCAUCAGUAUCUAUGGGCCAGGUGUCGCCUACAGGGAUGAAACACAGCCGAGGAAGCGAGUCUGGAACUGACAUGGAUGAGACUGACUCCAAGAUGGUGCGGUCGCCACGACGAUGGUCCAUGAGGAGUAGGAAGUCUUCAGCCUCUAAAACCAGUGCCCCAAACCCCAACAUCUUCACCCCUCCUGGAAGCCCCAAGUCAAAGAAUAAGAAGUGACAUCCUUUAGAUUCUGAUCUUCCUUGUUGUAAUCAUCAUAUUGGAUGUGGAUCAUAAUUUUCCUUCUUGGGCAUCUUUGAAAGGAAAUUUUAUUUAUUUCUAACCAUAUAUACUCUUCCAGUCAGUUGUGUUCAUGAUGUUCGCUGAAGCUCACACCUAGGUUGUAGAAAUGUGGUCCUGUUCAAUACCUUUGGAUUGCAUCACAUUUCUUUACCUAAAAUUACCUUUUCACAGACGUUUUACCUGGAAAAGGUGAUAUGCUAGAUACCAUCAACUUGGAUAUGUUAGAGUAAAGAAUAAUAGGGCAGUUCUCAUCCUCAAGCAAUAAAUAUUUGUUAUGGAUUUGAAUAACAAAUUGAUUAGAAAGUCCCCAAUAAUGUCUGGAGUUUAGUGUAGUAUUGUGUCACAGUUAGUAUCAGGUAUCUCAGGUGUUACUGUGCAUUGUGUAGCUAGAGCAAUAUUUACUUUGUUUUGCAUAUCGCCUAAGAUGGCUCCAAGUACCCAACAGCAGUAACCACAAUUAAGGCAUUACUCCAAGAUGUUGACUGAAGCGUAUAGUCACAGUGAAUAAACGCAUCAGUUACUUCUGUCAGUUACGGGAACAUGUCGUUUCAUUACCUGUGUCUGGUGGGUCGACAGACAUGCAGUAUAUAUCCUAAGCCACCUCUCAAAGCACAGCUACUUUUUCAUUGUAACACUGUGUCAAUACUUCAGGGCUGAAUCCUUUUUGAUCUGUUAAGAUGAGGUCACUCAAAGUUGUUUUGUUUUUAAAUUCUUUUAGAUUCAUUAGGAAUAGUGAUUAAUUGUUAUGUUGUGGAACAUGCUAAAGAUAUGAAGCUAUACAUUAGAACAUCAUGUGUGAUUGUUCUAGUUAGUUGGUUUAACUGUGAAAAGUGGUCUUAUUUGACGACCAGUUUUUGUGCCAAAACAAAUAGUAUCAUUUUAAUUUCUGUAUUGUUUUUUUUCAAAUUUUUACACACUUGUUAAGCUUGGUCACAUAGUCUACUUUGCCAUUGAUGACAGAUAAAAUCUAGACUAUGUAGCACUAAAUGAAAUGUUUUAAUCAAAAGACUUUUAUUUUCUUAUUUUAGGAUAUUGAAUGUUUUAAUUUAUUAACACAAAAUUAUGAUGUGUAUUUGCCUGAGGGUGAUUCUAAUUUGACUGAUCUGUGAACUUUAUUUCAUAAGGUUCUGUUCAGGCAGAAAGUGCUGAGAUAUCUGAUCAUCAGGGAAGGGUGACAAUAAGAUGUGCACUCUGUGAGUGUGUAGCCCCAGCAAUGGGUUUCCUUACCUGACCAGAACUCUGUUGGCCAUCAUGACAGUCAUCAAUAUGUGGUUUUAAUCAGUCACUAUAAGACAAAGAGUUCAGCUUUGGAUGUAAGUAGCAUAGUAUGGAACAAGGUUUUGUAUUAAUUUAAGUUAAUGUGUGUCCCUCGGUUGAUGUUGAGUUCAAAUACCAGAUUUAGCCGCUGAUGAAACUUGGUUUGUCAGCACCAUGCACGUUCUGGUUGGGUUCCUUAAGUAGAUGUAAAAUUCAUUUUUGACUUUCUUCACAUGUGAAGCUGACAGCCAUUGUACAAGUGACAUAGCGACAUCAAACGAGGGAAGAGUCAAGUCCAGUCUUGGAUGUCAUUGCCACGAUGAGGAUGCUUUAAGUUACUUAUGUUGCUACUACUUUUCUCAUGAGAUGACAGAUUUAUUACAUUUUUCAAGUGCUAGUCGACAACAUGAUUUAUAUACCAUCAUAUCUUUCACAUGUGCAAUUAUGCUCAGAGAAUAAAUAUUGAACACAUUUGAUUACAAGUCAGUAUGGAAUAAGGUUCACAUCUGCAGGGGUUUAAUAGUGACAUGAUGUCAUGUGUUGAAUGCUGAUAUUUUCAUGUUUUUUUAAUCAAUCUAUGCAAAUUGUAAUUAUGUUGUUGCUAUGUAUUUUUCUCAGCAUUCAUGUACAUAUGCACUUGUCAUAAGACAUCUAUGUUAUGUAGUGUUAGACUGGAGCUUUAAUAUAUAUACCACUCAAUUUUGAUUAAGGAUUCCCAAUGCUUCAAUUUGGCAUUUCAGUUUAGAUGCUUCUAGAAGAUCAUCACACAGACAAAUUACAGGAAAAAUAUAGGCAUAUCUUUAGUGAAUAUUUUUGCAUGUACCUAAAUGUAUUUGCUUGAUUAUAUUUAUUUUACCAAAUGAUAUAGGUCUUCUAUACAGCAGGAAACAAGUGUAUUUUGUAAAUCUUUUUUGCAUGAUGAAUGAUGUCAUAUCUAGCCAUAACAAUGUAUGUUUUAUAUGUUACAACAGUAUUAUGACAGAGAUGUUAUUUUUACCAAAACUGACAUGAAGGAUCCUUAAGACUUGUUAAGUGGUAUAGGUGUAUGGUGCAAUGUUGCCCUCAGGUCCUACUCAGUAUGGUGUAUUGUUGCAUGUUAUGUAGAGACACUGACAAAUCCGACUUGGCCAAACUAGUAUUUCUUGGCUCAAAACUAUUAUCGCUUGUUGGUUUGGGUAGUGUAUUGAGGUUGCUUUUUACCCGAGAACACUUGACUGACAGAACGGGAUCUGGAUCUAAGGCGUUGAAGAUAAUGAAGCAAUGCAGUGGCAGAUUGGUUUGGUAUCUUGUAUUAUUGAAUUUUGAAUUAUUGAAUUUCUUUGGAAAUAUGUCAUGAGGCAAAUUAACAAGUGUUAACUGUUGAUUUCCAAAAAAUGUUUAAAAUAUGCAUGUAUAUUUUUCAAUGUAAGGUUUCACUUUUGAAAAAUUUCAGCAGAGUCAAUAAAAAAUCAAAAAAGAAAAGAUGAAAAUAUAGGGUUUUUCAAUGUAUCUAUGAACACUGCUCAUCUUCUAUACAUGGGUAGACAAUUCUUAGUGACAAGUCACAUUGGGAUACCGGUAUUCUUGUUAUACACAAUCCAAUGCUAUGUUUCAAGUACUGUAGAGGAUUUCUAUUAUGAAGUUUAAAAAGUAUUUAAAAGGAAGACCUCUACUUGUUUUUGAAAACUUUGGAAGAAAUUAAUUUGUAUUUGUUGUCACCACAUUUGUAUCUAUUGAGCCAGGUCCUUGUCAGUUGAGUGUUGAGACAGUAGACAGCUGGGGUUGAGGUAUAACCUUGUGGCAGUGGAGGGAUGUAGGCUUGCUGUAGAUACAGCAUGCACUAGACCACACUUCAGCUCAGUGUAUGCACCCAUUUGUUAUGACAUUUCUUAAAACAAGCCUUCAAAAUUAUAGAAUAGAACAUACAAAAUAUAUACAAUUUGAUACUUACAUAUUUGGCUUCAGCUGAGGUUGACCAGUGUAAAAACUUCCUCACUUUGUUUAGUUCAGUGUCAUAAGAACCCUCAGAGGUAGUGUAGUAUUUUGUUACGUAAGCUGAGGGAAACGUUUUUUGAUGAUUAAGAAACUGCCUCAUACUAGUUGACAAGUAUUUGAUGCAGCAGCCAACUAAGUCGGUCUUUACAUCAGCAUUAUGAGAGAACAGAUCCUUAAAAGACCAUAUCUGUUGUUGCCAUCAGUUGUCUUCAAAACAAAACAAUAUUUUCUUUUAAGUAUUUGUGAGCUAUUAUAAGAAAUAUGUGAUUGUGGAUGUUGAUACAGAGAGGGGAGAUUCUCUAUAGAACAGCUGAUGUGUGUUUGUGCGUGUUUCCACUGUGUUCAGUGAUGUGUGUAUACAGACCUUGACAUUAUUGACUAUCUGCAUAUGUAAUGUGUAAUUCGAUCAAAAGACACACUAUGUGCUAUGUAUGUGUAUUUCUUCUAUGUCACGCAAGCAUCAUUUAUUUGAUUGAUCAAUAUGCCAUAAGACCUUGUGAACAUUUAACUGGAACCCCUUGACCUUCACUAAUCACAAGAUGAAGGCCUAGGUGAGCUUUGGGACUCCAUUCUCUAUUUUAAUUAUGAUUUAAAUAUCAAAAUGAGAUGUUUUUAAAGAAUAUACCUGGAGUUGGCAUAUUUUCUUGUGUAUGUUACGCAGUUACAGGAACAAAUGCUAGGGGCAGUCGAGAGUUUUUAUUCUUACAAAUAAAGAUCUUUUGUCCACCAUUAAGAAAUAGUUACACAACACAUAAUAAAACAGCUCUUUCGUGGUAAGAUAAAUAAAUUUGUAGUUUUCAGGAGUAUCAAUAUUUCUUUGAGAUAUUAAGAUGUUAAGGUUUACAAGUAUUUGGUGGAGUAUGUAUUAAACUUAAAAUAAUUGUUGAUGCAUAUUAUAUAUUAACGAAAAGUGAAUACUUUUUAUCACCACAUAGUUUAAUUGAAGGACUGACUGGGGUACUUCUCUAGGCAUUUGGUUACAUGCUAUUUCUGCUAUUUGCAUGCCACUGCUAGUGGUAAUGUGUUUAUCGUGGGGAAAUAUAAUUGCUGUGUAAUGCAAUCUACCCUCCAGACAACUGUACUGUUGGGGGACAGGGCAUGUUUUACACAAGGACAUGCCAUAGCAGACAGUAAAGCAAGGACUGUAUACACACGUGAAUGUUCUUGCUUUUGUUAUGAAGGUAAACAUUUUACUUUCCUCCUCGUUAUAGGUGAUCAUUUGCAUUAUGUAAUCCCAUUACCUUACUGCGACCAUUGUAUCAUAACCCUUUGUUAUUUAUUCAAUCAAGAUUUCUGAAGUGAAAUAUAUUUGAUGUACUGCAACAAUUCAUGUAUGUUCAAGCUCAUUUAUUGCUCAGAAUGAUUAUGAGUGUAACUGUUCACAUGGCUGAGUGAAUGCCUGAGAAGUAGCGUGUGUAGCCCUUGCAUCUGUGUAGGCUAAACACCAUACUUGCAGCACAUAUGUAAUGCAUUCUUUAACUUGGUGGUGUUAAUAGUUGCAAACAAGUUCUAAAUUUAUCAAAAGUAUUUCAUUAUUGUCAUGUGUGGCCUGCAUUAUACCUCAAUUUGAAUUUGAACUCCUGUAUGAAGAGAAGCCACACACUCAAUGUCUACAUAAACAGAAGUCACAUAUUGAAUGCCUACAUAUACAAUAGUCACACAUUCAGUGCCUACAUAAACAGAAUCCACACAUUCAAUGCUUACAUAAACAAUAGUCACACUUUCAAUGCCUACAUAAACAAUAGUCACACACACACACACAAUGCCUAAAUAUACAGAGGCCACACACUCAAUGCUUACAUAUACAAUAGUCACACACUCAAUGUCUACAUAAACAAUAGUCACACAUUCACUGCCUACAUAUACAGAAGUGACACACGCAAUGCCUACAUAUACAUGUCACACACACAAUGCCUACAUAUAUGAGCUGUACACUCAAUGCCUACAAAUAAUUUUAUGAGCUGCACUUCCUAGUUUUUACAACAGGGAGGUGAUUUUAGUGAAGCCUGCAGGAAUCCUGCAGUUUGAUGCUGUGUAUAUGUUCUGUCCAUGUUGAUAUACCUCCAGUCUGUGUCUGUGGUUCAGAUCAAGUGCUGAUAUUAUACAUGUUUUCUUUGUUUGUGUUACGUUGACCACAUAUCAAUGUCCACUAGUGCAAUAUUCUCCCAGCAAAGAAGCAAAUAUGAAUGUCUUGUAUGAUCAAUAUUAAUCAUGUGCUCCAGUGUUAAACUGAUAAGAGAUUUAUUUAUAUGUCAAUAUGAUAAUACUAUUGUAGUGAUAAGAAAUGUGAACAUCACUCCAUUUCAAUUACAUGUAUACUCAAUAGCACUAAGUAUUUAUUUGGAUAAUGAAGUAAAUUAUAUAAUUAUGUAUUUUUAACAUCAAGCAAUCGACAAUGUUCAGAGUGAAUUAACAUAAGACCAUAUCACCAUGUCUGAUUGUUAACAUGUGGAGUAUUUGGCCAUUUUGACUUGUAUUGUUCAAGAAUAAAUGUUUUGUUUUUUACACAAA